AUGACUAGUUCUGUAAUAUUUGUAAAGGCCCUAUACGACUUUAAUUCAAGUGACUCUUCAAGCCUCUCGUUCAGAAGGGACGACAUAAUACAGGUGCUCACGCGCUUGGAAUCUGGCUGGUGGGAUGGUUUAUGUAAUGGCGAACGUGGCUGGUUUCCAAGUAACUAUGUAACUGCAGUAGAAGACGACGAUGACUUUUUAGACGACGAGGACAAGUCCGAUUGGGUAGCUCAACAGACCCCUGAUGGGGACGUAUUCUAUUUUAAUCCCCGGACAGGAGAAUCUGCAUGGGAACUUCCAGGUGAUGACAAUGAGUCGGUCACAACUACACCUUCAGUACGCGACGCUUCUUCGCCUCACGGUGAAAGCCCCAGCAACGGCCCUCCAAACGGUCACGCUCAACGCUCAAGUGAAUCCCGUUCCGGAUCCAUUAGUUCUGUACGGGCACCAUUGCCCGAACACUGGAUACGACAACCUACCGAGGACGGAAACACUUACUACUAUUUGAACACAAUGACAAAAGAAGUUAGAUGGACUUAUCCAGGUGGAGGAAAUGCUACUGCUUCAAGCGGUUCGGAUCCUGAAGAUAAAGUUGACGGUGACAUUAACGGACAUGAUCUAAGUAUCGAAGAGGAGGCGGUAAAUGAUGAUGCUGCUGCUGUCGACGAGGAAAGUAUUGCCAGUUCACAUGGAAGCAGAUUGAGGCGUCCAUAUUACUUUAAUGUGAUAACUGACGAGACCACCUGGAGUCUCGAUAACGUCGAUAUGCAAACAGGUCAGUUAAUAAAUGCUUCACCGAUAACCACCGAAAAUCAGAAUGAACCCCACGAAGACCGGCAUGUUGAUGACCUGAAUGAUGCAAGAUUGCCAGCUAAAAAAGUUUCUUCUUCUUCUUUGAUUGGGAGUAACACAAACGAACCACUUACUUGGGAGUCUCUCUCUAGUAAUGUCUAUCUUGCCAUCCAUCAUUUGGAUAUGGCAGUGAAAGAAUCACAAAAGUAUUCCUAUACUAUAUGCACUAAUUCUGUCGUAGAGAGUAUCCGCAUUAUGCUGUAUGCAUCGGGGACAGUAGAAAAAGAAUCACCUACAAUUCGUACAAACCGAAGUCUAAAAAUAUAUCAUAGAUGUAUCAUGGCGUCUCUAUCAAAAUUAGUCCUAUCCACCAAAGUGGCAUCCGGCGUAUGGCCUCCGCCAGAUGCAGCUCAGAAAAUGAAAAAUGAUGCUGAUGAAGUACUUGCGGCGGUAAAGUCAUUUGUUCAAGCUGCUAAUCAUCUUGUCGAAAUCAAGAGAGUCGACCCCAAGAUACUCGAGUGUCCUGUUGGUGGGGCAUGGCGUGGGAAUAACUUGCCUCCAACGCAGAAUGGACGGCAUUACAAAGGACCUGGUGGUGAAGAGUUCGAUGGUCAACCAAAUUCACCUACGAUGUUCCCCGGACGUUCACUGACUCCAGAUCUUCUUGCUUCGCUUGAUCAUAUUUCUCGCAAUGUUAAUAAAGCGAUUAAUCUUCUCUUGUCACAUCUUCGCAAGGCUGUAGAUGCUCUACGCACCAAUGCCCCUACAAAUACAGCCUUUGCUCCGCAAAUGAUUUCGCAGACUCGUCAAGUUGUUACUCAAGUUGGACAAUUUCUAUCUCUGAUCGAAGACAUUAAUCUCGAAGAUUUGGACGAGUCAAGCGCAGGGUCAAUUAACGAGUUUAAAAUUGCCAAGCAGGCGUUAUAUCAUAAUGUCGCUGGACUGGUUAUCUACACUCAAUCAGCGACUGACCCAUUAGCACCGCCAAAUGUCAUGGAUCAAGUGUAUCUCACAACUACUAUUGUUGACAAGUCGGUAAAAGAUGUGAUUAUUGCUUCUAAAUUCCUUAUCGAAGAGAAAGACGCUCAGGACCAACAACGGAUGCAGAGCAACAUGCGGCGAGGUAGUAAUACCGUUGAUGCAACGGUUAAGGUGAAUUCUGGUAAAGAUUCUCCUGAACAAGUUGGUGAGACAAGCAGUCAAGCUCCGACUAAUACUGUGAGAGCAGAAGUUGGAACUGAGCACAAAACAUUAGCAUUGGAAACCGUACCAGAAGAUGAAGUAGCCGAUCAACAAAUAUCAGACGACAACUUGUAUAACCAAACGGAAGAGUUUGAUGCGGGGCCGUCUUCCAAUGGAAGUCAGACAGCUAUUGGGGACAUGUUUGCUGAUCCCACACUUAGCCCAGCGGGAGCGAAAUCGCCCCGAGACGAAAAACUUAUAAGAUUUUUCGGCCACGAUCCCGCACUGGCAACAUCACAGAAACGAGAAGAAAAGCCGGACUUUUUGAAAUACGAUUAUGACCAAUCCGAGAUAGUUUUUAAUUUAGAGGGACAUGUCAAAGGUGGUACUUUGAGAGCUUUAGUUGAAAGACUGACAAUGCACGACUUGUUGGACUCGAACUUUAUUGCAACGUUCUUGUUGACGUACCGAUCGUUCACGACCACGGAGGAGUUCUUUGACUUGCUUGUGAAGAGAUUCAUGAUACAACCAUCACCAAAUUUGACUUCAGAAGAGAACGAGCUUUGGCAAGAGAAAAAACAGACGCCGAUCAGAUUGAGAGUGUUUAACAUUAUGAAGAGUUGGUUGGAAAUAUAUUAUAUCGAUGAAGCAGAUUCACAGUGUUUGGAAAGGAUGAGAGAGUUUGCUAGUACGGUUAUGUACGAGCAUAUGGCAUUUGCAGCCAAUAGUUUGAUAAAAGUUAUCGACAAGCGGAAAGAACAACCGAAAGACGCAACAUUCAAGGGGCUAGUUCCUAGUACUGCGAUCCAGCCGCCGCCACCGAAUCUUCCAAGGAACAUGAAGAAGCUUAGAUUCGUGGACUUGGACCCUUUGGAAUUGGCCAGACAGUUGACUCUUAUUGAAUCAAAAUUGUAUAAUAAGAUUCGUCCAGUUGAAUGCCUUGGAAAGGCUUGGAGUCGAGAGGAGGGUGGCGAGAUUGCCGAGAAUAUCAAGGCAAUGAUAGUUAAUAGUAAUCAGAUAACUGGAUGGGUCGCAGAAUCGAUAUUACAUCAAUCUGAAAUCAAAAAGCGAUGCAACUUGAUAAAACAUUUUGUAGCCGUUGCCGAAAAAUGCCGAAUUCUAAACAAUUUCAAUUCACUUACGGCAAUUAUUUCUGGUUUAAAUUCUGCGCCUAUCCAUCGUCUGAAGAGGACUUGGGAGAUGGUGAAUGCUAGGACAAUACAGAACCUUGAAGCGUUAAACAAAGUCAUGAACUCGACCAAGAAUUUCUUAGAUUAUCGAGCGCAACUGCACAGUGUUAAUCCGCCUUGUGUUCCAUUUUUGGGUGUUUAUCUUACGGACUUGACGUUCAUUGAGGAUGGUAAUCCGAACGUCUUGAAAAAGAAUCGGAAUCUAAUCAAUUUUUCAAAACGAAUGAAGACGGCUGAAGUCAUUCGGGAAAUCCAACAAUACCAAGCUGUGCCUUACCAUUUGACUCCUGUGCAAGAGAUUCAGAUCUUUAUAAAAAGCCAUCUUCAAGAUAGUCGUGAUGUAGGUGAUCUCUAUGCUCUGUCUCUGAGCAUGGAGCCAAGAGAACGUGAAGAUGAGAAGAUUGCAAGACUGUUGCAAGAAUCUGGAUUUCUAGAACCCGAUCUGCCAAUUGUGAAGAAUAGCAAUAUUCCCAACAUUAGCUUUGGUAGUGAAGCGACUAUUUCUCAAAACAAAAGAAAGUUCAAGGACAAUGAAGAAAAUAGACCUGGUCCAUCGAACAUGACAAGUAACAUUGCAAAUAUCAAACAUGGCGGUAGGAGAGGGGCUGCUUUUGAGAAUUCAAAGAAUAAUGGAGCAAGCAAACCCGGUCCAUCAAGUAAUCCUGUCGUUCGAUUAGACAGCAAGGCAACUGCUUUUGAAAAGCAAAAGAAAAAGUCCAACAUUGGCAAAGAACCCAGACCAACCGAUAGCAUGUAUAUCAAUGUUACAAAAUUGGGCAGUAAUGCAACUCUUGCAAAAAAAACCAAUAAUGACCAAAAAAAUAAACUGGCCAAUAUUAGUAAUCUCCCUAAUAAGAAACCUGGUGGUAAAGCUACUAAACCUGUCAAUAAGAGACAGCAGAAAUCCAAGAAUGGCGGGAAAAGGACAAACAAGAAAAAAACUGCGAAUGAUAAAGAAAAUAAAGAACCCAGGAAAAAACUGGAAAAGGAAUCAGACCUGUGUGACUAUCCAUUAGCAAAAAUGAUUCGUCUAGAAUCCAUUGCUCGUCCAUACCAUAUGACACCUCCCCUCUGCAUCUUGAUAGAUCUUCAUGGCUGCAAUCGCGUCAAAGCCCAAUGUCUCCUGACUGCCUUUCAAAGUCUCGAGCCCUUAUUGAAAUAUACUCCCAGAGUCAGAUUCGUCACCGGAACAGCCUCAACGAGAGAACAUCCAGCAGUGCUACGGCCGCUUGUAGGAAAGUUUUUAAAUCAAGCUUUUCCGUCGCGACAAAAGUGGGAGUCUGCCGCAUUUAUUGAUCUCGAAAUUUUGGGAGAUGGGCCAAGUAAGAGCGAAAAGAAGAAUGAGAAAACGCAUAAAGCUAAAGGAAAGGCUCGAGUACAGAACAAUGACAAGAGUAACGAUAUGGGUACUAGCAGCAAGAACAAAGAACCAAGUGUCUUCAAGCCACAGAGUGAAAAGACAAGUACACAAUCGGCGAUGGAUACUGAAGAUGAUAAGCGAGACAAUGUCAAAAAGAAUCUUAAAAAGUUUGCAAUGUUGGUUCGUCGUAUAUGCAAGUCUGCACUAAAGUUGUGA